GGCUGGACUGGCGGGCGGCGCCGCACAUCCGGCCGGCGGCCAUGGAGAUCGGCGGCAGCGGCGGCGGCGGCGAUCAGAAGAAGAUGAGUUCGGCGCGGAGACGAGCCGAGCUCCGCCGGAGGAAGCUGCUCCUCAACUCGGAGGAUCGGCUGAACCGAAUAAUGGGUUUCAACAAGAACGGGGCGGAAGAGGGGAACGAUGCAGAUUCCCUUCCGCCGUAUGAGCUGGAGAAAACAGAAUCUCUGCUUACUUCGAGCUUUUCCAAAAGAACCCCAGGAAUUCCAGACGAGACUGAUGGUUCAGCAACAUCCAUUCACUACACGAAUGGAACAGAGAACCAAGGGUUCUACCCUGCAGAUGGAAAAGACUCAUUUAAAAGUAUUGAGGCUGACAAUGAUUUAGACCCAGAAAGUCAGGACCUAAGUAAACCAGAUGUUCCGCUGGAGCAGGUUCAGCGGGCUCCCCGCCGCGGCAUUGAGCAAUAUAUAUCACGAUUCGAUGAAGCAAUGAAGCUUCGGAAUCAGCUGAUGAGUGAGAAGCCCGGUCAGGAGAAUGGAAGUGAAGCCGAGGAGUUUGGUACAUUCCGGAUCUUCCGCUUAGUAGGUAGCGCUCUUCUAGCCUUAGUGGUUAGAAUCUUUGUGUGCAAAUAUCUGGCCAUUUUUGCCCCCUUUCUGACUCUUCAACUUGCAUAUAUUGGCUUAUCAAAGUACUUUCCUAAGAGUGAGAAGAAGGUGAAGACAACAGUAUUGACUGCAGCCCUACUUCUGUCUGGAAUUCCAGCUGAUGUCAUCAAUCGCUCAAUGGAUACGUAUGGAAAAAUGGGAGAUGUAUUUGCAGAUCUUUGUGUUUACUUUUUCACCUUCAUCUUUUCCCAUGAGGUCCUUGCCUUAAUUGGAGUUCAUUUGCCUUGACUCCAAUUAGCACGGGAAAGGAAUGGAAAUGAGGAAAAGCUUUGUCUCAUCCAACUUUGCAGUAGGCACUGUCUGCCAUUCAUUCCUUUAAAUUUAACAGGCACUAACCUUUCACACUGUUGCAGGCUCAGUUGUUUUUCCUCCUGAAAUCACUUUAUCCAGAAAAAUGGUUGAAGGAAAAAUAAAAUGUAAAUUUAAAAGUGAGUUAUGUGGUCGGAAAACCACAUUCAAAGGCAUUAUCAAAAACUUCAGGAAACAUUUUUCCUUUAAUUCAUUUUGCAAAAUUUGACAUUAAAUGGUGUGUUAGUGCUAUCUAUUUAUAAUAACAUGGUUCAGCAUACAACAAGAACCUCAUCUUGCCUGCAUAGACAUAAUAAUCCAUUUGAUAAUGCAAAAGGGACUGUAACUUAAAGUGCAGAGUACAACAAAGCCUUUGUCACAUCUGUGUAUUAUUCUGUUUUAAAAAGUUGACAUUACUAAUGACUGACAGUCUACUAGUCUGAUCUUUUUCCACUAUUUGGGACUGUGUUUGGCUGGAAAGAAUUUACUGUCUAGUGUGUUUGUUAUUCUUUCACUGUGAUUAAAUUAUUUGACCCAGGUUUUGUAUUUAUAUUAGACUUUGCGUUUUCUAUAAGCCAUUGUAGAGCAGAGUGAAUGUUUAUAUUGUGCAAUUCAAAAUCCAUUUAAAGUUAGAUACCUAAUAGUUUACAUAUUUAGUUUAGUUGUUUGCGUAAAUUAAUCCAGUAAAAUCAUGCCACUAGUGUAAAACGUUAUUUGGCAGUCAACACCAUGAUUUUACCUUUAUGCGACUUUGUAGUGUUAGGUGAAACAUUUAUUCAAGCCUGUGAAGUCUGUUAUCCCCUCCAGCAAAGAGACAGGUGAAUCAGCUAGGUGGUUAUGUACCAGGGCAUCCAGUGAGUUUCUUUCUCCAUGCAUCGCGUGCUUGCAUUGUAUGUGAAGGGAAAAAUGCCUUUUUGUUCUAUUUUAAUGGUAACAGAGCAUGUCAUGUCAUGAUAAGCUAAAUGCUAGAAUAUUGAAUAAAAUCUUGUUAUAUAAUCCAAA